AUGACGCCGUUCAAGUGGGCGGUCGUCUUCGUCCUGUCCCUCUCCUUCAUGGUCUUUGUGACCUUUUUCGGAAGGCUGCCUGCGUUUAGGAAAACGCCCAUCGCGGCGCUGCAUAGGCUGGUAUGGAUCCAUAUCCCCAACGCCGGCAUCGCCGUCGACAACAUGAUCACAGGCGGCCGGCUGUUCAGGUCGCUGUCGCGCUUCGGGAACUUUAUGAUGCAUGACCGGCAUCCCACGGUGGUGAUCUUCUUCCUCGCCAUCCUCGUUGUUGCCGAGUACAUGUACCUCCCGUCUGCGUGGCCGCACCUGGGCACCUUCACCAAGUUCUCCGCCAGCAUUACCGUGUUCUUGCCUUACUUCUUCCUCUAUCUCGCCUGCGCCAGCGACCCUGGCUAUAUCACACCCGCCAACCAUGCCUACCACAUGUCCCUGUAUCCCUACGACCAUGCCCUCUUCCACCCGGGCAACAAAUGCAGUACUUGCGGCAUCCUCAAGCCGGCGCGUUCAAAGCAUUGCAGCAUAUGUAAGCGCUGCAUCGCAAAGGCGGACCACCACUGCAUCUUUAUCAACUCGUGUGUCGGCUACGGCAACCACCACUGGUUCAUCCUCCUCCUUCUGUCGACCGCGGUGCUCACCACCUACGGCGCCCUGCUUGGCCUCUCCCUGCUGUCUACCGCCAUGCGCGUGCGCUUCCCAGAAUUCCGCCUGUGGAAGCCCCGUGGCAUGACAACGACCGUCUACGCCGCCAUCUGGGGCGCCGGCAUCCAAAGCAAUGUCCGCCUCGGCGCCACCACCCUCCUGGCAGUUCUGACCACCCCGCUGGUAUGGGGUCUGCUCAUCUACACGCUAUACUUGGUCUGGGCCGGCACUACCACCAACGAGUCCCUGAAAUGGUCUGUGUACAAGGAGGAUAUGGACGAUGGGUUUGCCUUCCGCCGACCACUGCCGGCAAGGAGGAAGAGGGAUCCGCAGAUGGAACCCCCUUGCGCCCGGUGGCCCGUAGAGCCAGAGCAAGUGCUUGUGGCGACCUCGGACGGCGAGCCCCCGAUCGACGACUUGAAUCUUGCCGGCGAGGGCGAGUGGGAGCGCGUCUGGAGUCUCAGACAUGUCGAGAACCUGUACGACAUGGGGUUCGGGGACAAUCUCGCAGACGCCUUUGUGCAAGACUAUGCAUUCGGUGGUCGAGCUGAUGAACCGCCUGCCGAGCGUAGGAGAAACGGGAAAGCCACACGAAGCUAG